UAUUACAAAUAUGUAUUUUGGCCUUCGUUACUAUCAGGAACUUUGCAAACACUUUUUCUACGAUUUUUUGGCAUAUUGAAUUACACGUUGCAAGAUACAAAUCAUAACUGCAAAAGUGUACUUUUGUGGGUAUAGCACAUCGUGUGUUGAUGCGGGCUUUUCCUCCGGAUACAAGAUAUUAUCAGUUGUUCUUGCUGUCCAAAAACCACCUGAACUGGCUUCAAUAAUAGUCUGAUGGAACGCAAUGUCGGCACGCGGCUACAGACGAUGUUCCAGCAGCUGGAAAAGCUGGGAGGAAAGGCCGCCAAGCACCAGAGUGGAGAUGACUUGCAGCAGAUACGCUACAUCACCUGCAAGAUCUUCCAGAUCAUCACCACUCAAGAGAAAAUCCACAGGGAUUCCAUCUUAAAGAACCAAUCACAGCUUGAACUGUUGCUACAAACACUCAAGAAUGCAACAGAUCGGGCUGUUCUUGUCAACAUCAUCAAUAUAUGCAGUGAGCUCUUGGGUAAAACUCAGGUGGGUAAGAAGGCGAGUGCCUUUGUGAGUGUGAAUGCCACGAACAUCGUGUUCCAGACGCUUGUACAGGAGGCGGAGGAUAACAGUCCCUCAGAUGACUUCAUGUUGACCUGCCACCAUGUGCUGGCAAGGGUUGGGCAGAAAGACAGGAAAUUUGCCCUGAAAGCUCGACUGAACCGUGCCUUAUUGGUUACCUUGAACUUGAUCAAGAACAACAUCACUAACUUCAGAAACCUGCAGUUGCUGUUGCCAGUGUUCAAACUCUACACAAAUAACAGUGUGAAUUCCUCAUACCUUGGAAAGCACAACACCAUUCCGCCGAUCUGCAAGGUGGUCCUACAGUGCAGUCGCAAACAUGCAAGUGUCCUCAAGUUUGGACUGGAUAUACUGAAUAACCUUACAAAAUCCAGGAACAAUUCAGCGCGUACCAUAGGUGGAGAGUACGUGCCCCAUAUUCUGGCACUAUACAAUGACUGGCACCACACAGACACCAAACACAGGCACGUGGCCAUCAGGAAAGGUCUACUCAAUGUCCUCAAGAACAUCACUAACCUCAAGUCUGGUCGGAAGGCUCUGGUGGAGGCCAACGGGAUCCGUGUGCUGUACGAAAGUGCGCAAGAUGUGAUAGAGUGCCGUGAGAUGGAGAGCCUUAUUCUGCUGGCCAGCGUGAUCAUGCGCAAGUGCUGCCCGCGCAACAAGCUGCCCAUCUCUAACGUGAACAGUGUGGUCACCUUCAAGAUACCGGAGUCUGAGAUCUACCCUGCACAGGGCACAGAAAACAGUGGCAUUCAACCCCUGAUUGACGGUGGUGACAGUGACAACAGUUCUCUAGAAGAUGAUGACGACAUUGACAGUGAUGAUGAGAGAUUCAAGACUGACAAUAUUGAUGAGAAUGAGGAUGAGGCUGGAGAACCGGCCCCUGUGGCCUGUAAGCGGUCUCCUGAGGACCUGAGAAUGUACAACUUCCUGUUCCCAGAGUUGUUUGAGAUUGAAUGCAGUGAGGGAACCAACGAGUCCAUAGUCAUACCCACUGGUUCCCUGGAAGCUGGGCUAGAAUACACCAAGAGUUGUGAGACUGAAAAGAGUAAGAGUGGAAUCUAUCCUCUUUCGGUUGGAAAUUUGAGCAAGUCUGCCUCAACUAGUUCAGGGAUGUACCGCAUGGCAACGACGGUGAGUGAUUUUCCUGAUCCCAGUGCUUGUUAUGGGAGUGGCAGAGGGGGCCAGUUUUCAGGGGCCAAUACUGAGUACAUAGACAGUUAUAGUAGUCGCUCUGAGACUUCGGGAUCUAAACCUGGUGCUAGUGUAAUCUCAAUAGACUUCCCAAUGUCCCAGUCACUGUCAACAAAGUCUUCUGCUGCAAAGAAGACCGCUGUUCAAAAAUCUAGAAAGUCCAAAGGUUCUAAAAGGCCGGGCAAGGAUAGGAAACCAAAAAAGUCUAUUGUGAAGGACAAUUCUGACACUAUAGCAAGCUUUACGAGUUCUCUGUGCAUAACGCCUAUACCCAAUAUUGUGGAUCCAGACGAGGAAAUAGAUCAGAACUUCUUGUAUGACGAUGAUGAUGACAUGUACGAAGUUCCCCAUGAUCCAACGAUGUACCAGGAGGUAGCACGUCUCACAAAGAGCGUGUACAAAUUCGAGAAGAUUGCUUAUCCUGACUUUGUUGGUGCUACGUCACCUUUCGAUAUAGAGAACCUGUAUCACAGGAAGUUUGGUGAACAGAGGGCAAAGGUGUUUGAGGAUAUAGACCGGAUGAUUCACCCGGAGCUAGUGAUAGACCGGGAUGUGUAUGACCUUGACAGCAUCAAGGCCAGGACUGGUAUCAACUUCUUGCCAGACAACAACAAUCUAUCCAAUGGAGAUGAAUUUAGAGUUGGUCCAGGAGGCAGGUAUGAGCCAGGCCCAGACUGUCUCCGCUUCAACUCCCAGUUUGAGAGUGGAAACCUGAGGAAAGCUGUUUGUGUUCGAGAGUUUGAGUAUGAUUUGAUACUGAACCCAGACAUCAACAUUAACCACCACCACCAAUGGUUCUACUUCGAGGUCAGCAACAUGAUUGCUGGAUACCCCUACAGGUUCAACAUUGUAAACUGUGAGAAACUCAACUCACAGUUCAACUUUGGCAUGCAGCCCAUCCUGUUCUCAGUGAUGGAGGCCAUGCAAGGGCGUCCAUACUGGGUCCGGACGGGCACAGACAUCUGUUACUAUAGAAACCACUUCACGCGCAGCGCCCAGGUGACGGGCGGGGUGAAGGGCAAGACGUACUACACAACCACAUUCAGCGUGACCUUCAAGCAUACACGGGAUGUUUGCUACAUGGCCUACCAUUAUCCGUACACAUACUCAACAUUACAGACGCACCUGACCCUGUGGGACCAGACUGUGGACCGUGACACAGUGUUCUUCCGUCGCCAAGUAUUGUGUGAGACUCUGGGAGGCAACCCUGUGCCUGUCCUCACAAUCACUGCCCAACCUAAGACUGACUCCAGGGACGGUGUCGACGAGUUCAGAAGUCGACCAUACAUCUUCCUGUCAGGACGGGUCCAUCCUGGUGAAACUAAUGCAAGUUGGGUGAUGAAAGGCACUAUAGAUUUCCUGCUGAGCAAGCGCCCUUUGGCAGCCAAGUUGCGUGACAUGUAUAUCUUUAAGAUUGUGCCCAUGUUGAACCCUGAUGGAGUGAUCAAUGGAAAUCACCGGUGUUCCCUGGCAGCAGAAGACCUAAAUCGUCGCUGGGACAACCCCUGCCCCAGGAUACACCCCACCAUCUACCACUGCAAGGGCCUCUUGCAGUACAUGCAGAUGAUCAACAAGAUUCCAUUGGUGUACUGUGACUAUCACGGCCACUCCAGACGCAAGAACAUUUUCAUCUAUGGCUGUAGUGCGUCAAUGUCGUGGGUUGUCAACGAUACCAACAACCCGGGUGUCACUGGAAACAAACUUGAGGACAAUGGUUUCCGAACGCUGCCGCGAGUGCUGGACAGUAUUUCCCCGCAGUUCUCGCUGGCUAACUGCAGCUUCCUCGUGGAGAAAUCCAAGGAAACGACAGCUCGUGUGGUGGUGUGGAGACAGAUUGGGGUCAACCGCAGCUAUACCAUGGAGAGCACCUACUGUGGAAUAGACCGGGAGGGCAAGUAUAAGGACCAGCAGAUCACGACGCACAUGCUGGAGGAGAUGGGACACCAGUUCUGUGAGGGGCUACUGAGACUGGGCCGGGGUCGAACAUCCUACGAGACCAGCUACACCCUGCCCUGCGAGACCAGUCUUGAACAGCUUGGCGCGUACGGCACUGCGACCGACUAUAUAGAGGACGAUGGUUGUGACAUGCAGAGGGGUGACCUAAACAGAGCCCGGGCAGGGAAAGGCUACCCAGACCUGCUUGUGGAUGCUGAGGACGACAGUUCCUCCUACGCGGACUCUCCCGACAAUGACGAAAAUGACAAUGACGCAGAAGACUUCUGACAGGCCGAUGGAGGGGCAAAGGCACCCGUGUCAACUGGCAUAGAUGAUGUAAAAAACAGCAGCUCAGAUGACUUGCAGUCCGAUGGCUAUGCUAAGUCUUUGAUGCAGUUGUAUGGUGCUGAUAAUUUGUCGGAAAUUGAUACGAGUUUUGCAGAAGGUUUUGAUGGUCAAUCCUUAAAUGUGUUAGAUACUACCCAGUGUAAAGACAUUAAUGAUCUGAACAAAUGCAUGGAUCAUACAAAUGAGCCCACUGGAAGGGGUAAAACAGUUGAAAAUGACACUGAGUUGACUUUCUUGUCUUUGUCACCUCCGGAGAAUAGCAGUAAUGGUGUUAGACGUUGGCCUUUUGCAAGGGUUAUCAUGGGAAUAGAGGGCAUUGUGACCAUGGAGGCAAACCCACCCAGUGAGUCAGUUAGGCAAAGAAGGGAUCAAUCCGCAUUGUGUCUCCUCUUGUAAAAGUGCUGCCAUAGAAAUGCAUUGACAAACACAUUUCAAAAUACUACUCAUUUCAUACUGGUUUCAGCUUAAGUUUGAAGCAUAUUCACAAUUAUUUGAUGUUUCCUUUUUGUUUCAUAAUUUAAUUGUUUGAAUCCAUUUUUACUAUGAUUUAUUUCAGCUCCUGCAACAUUAUCUAAUUAUUUCUGUUGUUGUCAGUGGUAUUCGUUAAAAAAAAGAAAAACAUAUUUUUUCAUUAAUGGACGCAUUAAAAUUAUUCAUUUAUUAAAUAUUUAUAUACUUUGUAGCACUGUUUAGCUCACCUGAGCACAUGAUUAUCAUUGUUAGUGUUGACCAUGUUUUUUUUCGCCCUAUGUCAUGUGUUAUCAAAAAUAAGUUUGUUAACACUAUAAGUCCCACUAGAAUAUUACCCAAUAUUACUUAAUAUUGAACAGACCAUUUUUAUACCAAUGAUAUCUCAUUUGAACUUGGUCUCCGAGGGGCAAAAUAUAGGUCAAACUAAAGAAAACACUUGAACAAACAAACUCUAGAAGUACCUUCCUUGCUCGAACAAAAUAUUGGUCAAAAGCAUUUGUCCAAAUGAUAUUUCAGUCAAGUUCAAACAUGGUUUUACUCUACUGAAAAACUAACCACCUGAGGUAGAGACAGUUUUUUUAACUGGUUUUAUUGUAACGGUUUUAGCUUACGGGGUAUACACAAUUUAGCACCAUAUCAUAUUAUUUUCAAAUUCCUAAUAAGAUGAUCUGUGUUGAGCAAACUAUGACACUUUUGAUCUUCUGUUUAAAAAGAACUUCUGCCAAAGAAUAUAAAUGUGAUGGUGAAUUGUACAUUGUAGUUGAAAAUAUAUACAUAUAUAAAAAUCUUUAAUAAAUGGUGUCAGCUUUAAAAAGUGAUGUGUUUUCCUCUUAGAGUGCUUUUGUGGAUUUCUUUAAAUAGCUAGUAUGCUUUACAUGUCUUCAUCAAAAUAUUCUAUGCAAGUUGGUGACAUUUGUUGUUAUACAUAUUUAUAUAUCAAUUCAUUUAUAUAUGUUACUCUUAUAACCAGUUUAUUUGUCAUAGUCAAAACCUCAAUCCAGCAUUAGAUCUUUGUAUGUUUAACUUUUCAUGGCAUUUAUUUAAAACAGCAUAAUUAUUUAAGUUACCAUUUAAAUUAAAUGUCUACAGACAAUUGAUAAAGAGUGAGUUUCUAUAGUAUAUACUUUAAAAAAGACCAAUGUAGAUUGGAGUUUCUCUUCAAUCAGUUCAGAACAGGUUUGCAGUACUUGGCAAUAAAAACUUUGCACUUUAGCAAUAUGAUGCGUUGAACUUGUUUUCAUUUUUAUGCAAAGCACAUGGCAAUUAACUUAAUCUGGCAGUUUUGUAAUAUUUUGUGGAAGGGUUUAACAUUGAUCUUUCACUUGUUAAUAACUUAUGUUGUUGAAAAUAUGUGCAUAUUUGGGUUACCUGGCUUUAUUCCUUAUUAUACCCCCACAAACGAAGUUUAGGGGGCUAUAUAGGUGUGAGCUUGUCUGUCGGUCUGUCUGUCGGUCCGUAUUAAGUGUCCGCUCUCUAAUUCAAGUUGUUUUCAUCCGACCUUCACCAAACUUGGUCAGAUGUUGUAUCUAGAUGAUGUCUAGGUCGAGUUCGAAUAUGGAUCAUGCCGGGUCAAAAACUAGGUCACGGGGUCACUUAAUGCGUUUUAAACAUUGAGCAUGGUGUCCGCUCUCUAAUUCAGGUAGUUUUCAUCCGAGCUUCACCAAACAUGGUCAGAAGUUGUAUCUAGAUGAUGUCUAGGUCAAGUUUGAAUAUGGGUCACUCCAGGUCAAAAACUAGGUCACGAGGUCACUUAGUGCGUUUUAAACAUUGAGCAUGGUGUCCGCUAUUUUUUGUGAAGACAACAUGCAAAAUAAUCUGUGUCCUUGCGGCAUGUGGGGGUAUUCGUCACGUCUCUGACAAAGCUCUAGGUAUACCAGAUUCUAUGCAAGUAUAUUUUAUUCUAAAGUUUCUUGUAUAAAAUACAAUUGAAUUGUUUUGUCACAAAUGUGUUUAAUCAGUUAAGUGUUAUUGUUACAACAAACUGCUCAUGUGUAUUGUUUUGUUAAGUUUGUAGUCAUGGAAUUAUUUCUUAAUGUAUUCAGCAACCAUUUGAGCUGUGUUCUUAGAAAACUGGGCAUAAUGCAUGUGCGUAAAGUGUCGUCCCAGAUUAGCCUGUGCAGUCUGGACAGGCUGAUCAGGGACGACACUUUCUGCCUAAAUUGGAUUUUUGCCAAGAAGACUUUAUUUAAAUGAAAAAUGUCAUAAAAGCGGAAAGUGUCGUCCCUGCAGUCCGCACAGGCUAAUCUGGGACGACACUUUACGCACAUGCAUUAUGCCCAGUUUUCUCGGAACACGACUCAUUUAAACAAGCAACUUGUUCAAUCACACUGUGUUUUGUUAAUUUUGAAUAUGAGAACAUUAAUAUGUUCCUUUGAUACAGCUUGAUGCAUUUCAAAUAACUCGCUGUCAACUAGUUUACAUUCAUUUUGUAUCUAACAUGUUUCCUUUAUUGGCUAUCGCUUCUACACAUCAUGUGGAACUUUAUGUAUGACUUGAUUUAGAAUUUACUUAAAUUGUAUGUGCUGUAAGUUCUGAUUGUAAUGGUAUCUGUAGUUCUUAAUAAGAACAUAUUCUCAUUAUAUGUUUUUGGUCAGCAAAGCCACAGUAUUGUUCUAACGAGUUGCUUUAAAAGAUCAAAUUUACCUUUGUACAAAUUAAGAAACAUUGGUGUAAUCAAGUUUUCAGUUUCAUUUUUUUUUCAAAGCUAGCAUUUAACAAAUUUUGCAAGUUGGCAUCAUCAUAAAAAAAAUACGAAAAUGUGUGCAUAAUUGGAACAUAAUGUGUUUUCAUUUUACACCAAUAUGUAGUGUUCUUAUGUGUUGAUUUCUUAGAUUUUGUUUUUAUAAGUUUAAUUUACUGCCAUAAUUCCACAAUGCAUGUUAUGUUAACCAAUGUGUCAUGCAUUCGGAAUGUUUUGAGUGAUGAACAUUGGUAUUGACAUUGUCAGUAAUUGCAAUUCAGAUUCUUCUAAGAGACUUAGAUAAGUGAUAUUAUGACGUCGUCAAAAAUACACCCUCACAAAGUAGUCUCAGUAAAAAAUAAAAAUGUUAGUUUUGUAUAGGUUACGCAUAUUUUAUGUAUAUCUUUUUCUUUUUCAUUGUUGCAUAGUCUGCCUAUAGUGGGCAAGAGUAGGCCACGAGGAUGACUUAGGUGAAAAAUUUUCGCUGAAAGUAGGCUUAUUUUGAGUUGUUUUUAAGAGCUAUGAGAAAUUGUUUUCGCCCUAAUUGUCAAGUUUACCGAUUAACAACAAUACCACACUUUCAGUGUUGGACAAUUCAAGGUCUUGAUAAUCUCCUGAUAAAUAUUUCGUCUUUUUUAGCUCAGCUGUUUUCGGAGAAAACACGAGGUAUUGUCAUAGCCAGCUAGUCGUCUGCUGUGCGCUGUCUGCUGUCCGCCGUCCGCAUCAAGAGCGUCAAAGCAUCGCAUAACGGGUACCAACGCUCGGCUAUGGGUGCAGUUUUGAAUAAAUGGAAGCUUGUCGAAAGAAUAUUAGAGGUCACAGUGACCUUGACCUUUGACCUAGUGACCCAAAAAUGGGUGUGGCAUGUAUAACUCAUCAAUGCCCGGGUACAUAAUUUUAUGAAGUUUCAAGUUGUAGGUGAAAGCACUUUGAUUUUAGAGCCAAUGUUAAGGUUUUAGCAUGAGGCUGGCGGACAACCAGCUGGCUAUGACGAUACCUCGGGUUUUCUCCGAAAACAGCCAAGCUAAUAAUAAACUUAUACCAGCUAAAUUUUAUGGGUUGAUACUAGUGUUCAAAAGACCUACCAACGUACAUUUUCGUCACAGCUUUAGGCUGUGAUUUAACAGGUUUGUGAUAGUCUUCAAAUGGUCUGUGAUAUGUUGCUUGUUACUUUACUUUCUUGAUCCGUCCUUUAAAUUCUUCUUCUGUGAUAUAAAAGUUGCAUCUUUAUCACAACCAUCAAAAAGCAACAGAAAUUCAACUAGAACUAUUUUAGUACCAUUUUGAUUACAAACAGUUUGAUUGCAAUUGCUGUUGUAUCAGACGCAUUGGUUUAUGUACAAAAUACACAAUUUAAUAUAGUAUUUUAUAAUUAUUUCUCAAUAUCUUACCUUAAACUCUGGAAUUUCUGGUCUUCUGAGUUUUCCUGAAUAACUCAUAUUGUGUGUUUGUUACAUGUACAUGAUAACACAAUAUGCAUGUUUGUUAUUUAGUAUAGCAAAUGACUUGUUUAAUUAGUUCCUUAUUUGGUUUAUAGCCUUAUGCAUAAUAAGCUGGGUUUUAUCUUGUGCAUGUGUUUAACAAAAUAAAAGCUUAUAAAUGCUUA